AUGAAUCCACUGGUCUUUGCCCUAAAACAUCUGUACACUUUCCUGAGCAUUACAGCACUUACACCAGAAUGUUUCUAUAGCCAGAAUCUGCUGCCACAAUUUCAGUUUCUUCCAAGAGAAGCAAAGGCUGUUCACUUGAAACACAUUAAGGAUAACUUGCUUAAAACGGGAUUUGGAAAACAAUGGAAUGCAGAUGAAACAGAACUAAUAGAUGCACUGCAAAGGCUGCCUUUCAUAGAGACUAAAGAUGGCACUCUUUGCAAAGCAAGUGAAUUUUUCAGCAUCAAGGAGGAUGUGUUUCGGGUAAUGUGUCCACCGACAGUGUUUCCUCCAUCGCCUUAUAAUAGCCUGGAAUGGCAUCAUUUUUUGGUACUGGCAGGCAUGAUCGACAAAGUUUCUGUUAAUAAUUUUGUCAGAUUUGCUAAUGAAGUUCACAUCCUAGGUAAACAAAUUAUAACAGAAAAUGUUGCAAGCAUGUCCAACACACUUGUUAAACAUUUAUUUGGCAGACCAAAUCUCUUGCAAGAAAACCUUCUUUCACAAAUUAAACAUAUCAAAUUUGUUUUGCCAUUUUGUAUUAAAAAACAACAUAAGCAUGGAAAGACACUGGAUUGUAUUCACGAACAGUAUGAAAGUGGAUCACAGUUAAUUGCCUUCAACGGAUCAGUGUCUUUUAGGAGCUGCUAUUUAGUUUGGUCAAGUUGCACUUUAUUUCCAGAAUUGCCACAUCUUGACAAGAAACUAUUCUUUCAGCUUGGAUGCCAAAAUAUUCCACAGAAGGAUGAUGUUAUUAUCCAUUUGAAAAACAUUUCAUGCUCUUUAAAAGGAAAACCUGCGCCUGCUGAGUUCAAAACCUGUUUGGAAGAAAUAAUGACCAGUUGUUACAAGUAUUUACAAGAGAAUGGUGUUACAGAACAUGACAAACAGUACCUGGAGGCAUAUCCAGUCAUUUAUCUCAAUGAUAGUAGGUGUAUGGUUAGAGCAUGUGAUAUUGUUAUUAACCUUGCAAAAGAAGAUGCUAUUCCUGGAUAUAUUUAUCAAUCACCUGUGUACUUCGGACAGUUUUUUGAUGUUUUUGAGGAACUUGGUGCCAGCACGAUUGUAUCCGCUAACCAUUAUGCAAAGGUAUUGCUAGAAAAACAUUUGGACAUUGGUGAGCAUAAACUGGAUCCCAAUGAGUGGAAAGUGGUACAAAAGGCAGUAGCUAUGCUUUUCACAUGUUUGUCAGAUAACCGUUAUUCAAAGGAACUUUCUGUUUCAAAUUUGUAUCUGCCAAGUUCAAAGGAAACACUUGUGUGUUCAAAAGACUUGGUAUUAUCAAACUAUGCGGAACUACAAGAGCGUAUUUCGUCUCUAAACUUAACCUACUUCAUAGGAUUUAAAGCACUUAAGAUUCCUGCAUUUGAUCCUGUGAGGUUUGUUUGUUACCUUCCGGAAGAACACAGGCCAAGUAUUCUUACAUCAUUGGUUCAAGAACAUGUAACAGCUGAAUGCCAGGAACAGGCUUACCAUGAUACACAUUCUAAUAUGUACCUGCACUGUAUGUCAUCAACUCCUUUUAUCUCUGGUGUUGUUCGACUUGUUAAUCAUCAAAGCUAUCACAAUUAUAGUACACUAAUAACUGAACAGGAAGCAAGUUCGAUAGCAAAAAUAUUUCAAAAUAUCCAGAUUCGUGAGGUAUAUGAUUUAAGGACAAAUUUAGUAUAUUCUGAAUUACCUGUUGCUGGGAGUGAACGAAAAGUAAACUGCUUCUCAGAGUUCUCACCUGCAAAAGAUGGAAAUAUCUUGUAUUUAGAUACAGAUGCAUGUGGAAAUAACUUUGACAUGUGUUACCAAAUAUCAGAUGAAAUUGACAAAAUUAUGAAAGGACAGAUUGGAAAGAAAAUAAACUGUAUAUCACAAAUGCUUCAAAUGGAUGGAAAUGACAUUAGUUUAUAUUUGGAUAAGCAAAAAAUCUUGGGCUCCGAUUUUCACAUUUGUGAAUCAGAUAAAGGUAUUUUCCCGCCACCUGGAACUCUGAUUCCAGAAGACUUUCACUGGAUGCUUAAUAACAACUUUGAAAGUUUGAAUGUAGAUGAAUAUGUUGGCCUUGAAGUGUACGAUCCAAUGGUCAAUGAAAUCUUGAACAGUACAUCCAGCAUGGAAUCAUCUGAUGCUGUCUACAUUUAUGCAAUUGUUAGAAAGAUCACUGAACAAAAUGACUCUCCCAUGAUGAGUAAGUAUUGUGUUGAAGUUGGGAAAGGCAGAGUGGAGGAACUGAAUGCUACAAAACUGUACAAAUUUUGCAGACAUAAAACCAGUUCAAGGAGAGAACUAGUUUUGUCAAGUGCACCAACAGGUUCACCACCAAGUUCACCAGAUUUGAAUGAUGUGCUGAAAGAAAUUCGACAGACAUUGAAGGAUGCUUGGUUACGUUUUGAUGAGCAUGACCGACAGAGGGUGGUAAAACGUUUGUACCUAAAAUGGCACCCUGACAAGAAUGACCAAGACAGAGAACAGCUGUGUACCCGCGUGUGUCAGUAUAUCCAGUUUUAUGUUACAAAACUAAACCGCGGUGAAAACAUAGAUGAUACUGAAGAGAAACAUUCAUGGUCACCACCACCACCAUUCGAAUCAUCAUAUUUUUUCACCAACAUGGACAGAAGGUCUCGAUCGCAGAGAAAUUGUUACGAUAGUCACCAACACAGGCUGAACACCACUCUUACUCAUCAUCUGAUACUUUCGGCUUUCAUUCAUCUACAAGAGAGAAUGCGUAUCCACAUCAUGGAGAAGCCAGACGCUGGUUACGACAGGCAACUGUGGAUCUUGAUGCAGCCAAGAAAGGACUUUCAAACCCAUCAUAUGAUGCUUUUAACUGGAUAUGCUUCAAGUCACAUCAGGCAGCAGAAAAAGCCCUGAAGGCCUUGCUGUAUAAUCACGAUGCCCAGCUGGCAGAUGAGAUCAGAAGUCACGAUCUCCGGUCUGUGAUGCAGAACCUGCAAGUUUCAUUCAUCCAUGACUUGUCCGAUCCUGUGGGUCAACUGGAGAAUCUUGUCUGUGACUAUAACCGGAUGCGGUAUCCAGAUCGUCUGUCCUUUCCACAGAUUCCCUCUGAUGUCUACAGCAGAGACACUGCUUGUAAUGCAUGUCACCUCGCAGGCGAUAUCGUCCAGUAUGCAGAGAGACAGAUCUGCUAGAUGAUUAGAUGACUUCAAACAGU